GUGGCGCCGCGCGGCUCCCUCCGCUCCGCGCCGCCCGCGCAGCCCGCACACUCACCCUGCUUGGUUGCUGCCGGGUGACGCGGGCUGGGCCCGCCCCCUGCCUGCCGGCCUCUGGCACUCACUCGCGCCGUCCGCAGCGGAGCGGGCAGCAGCCAAGUCAGGGCCGUCCGGGGGCGCGGCCGGCGAUGCCCGCAGCUCCCCCCGCGCCCCGCCGGGCCUGCUGAGCCUCCCCCGGGCCGGGGUCGCGCCGGGCCGGGCCGCGCCCGGGGCGGGGCGGCGCUGCCUGCAUGACCCUCCGGCGGCGCGGGGAGAAGGCGACCAUCAGCAUCCAGGAGCAUAUGGCCAUCGACGUGUGCCCCGGCCCCAUCCGUCCCAUCAAGCAGAUCUCCGACUACUUCCCCCGCUUCCCGCGGGGCCUGCCCCCGGACGCCGGGCCCCGCGCCGCUGCACCCCCGGACGCCCCCGCGCGCUCGGCUGUGGCCGGUGCCGGCCGCCGCAGCCCCUCCGACGGCGCCCGCGAGGACGACGAGGAUGUGGACCAGCUCUUCGGAGCCUACGGCUCCAGCCCGGGCCCCAGCCCGGGUCCCAGCCCCGCGCGGCCGCCAGCCAAGCCGCCGGAGGACGAGCCGGACGCCGACGGCUACGAGUCGGACGAUUGCACCGCCCUGGGCACGCUGGACUUCAGCCUGCUGUAUGACCAGGAGAACAACGCCCUCCAUUGCACCAUCACCAAGGCCAAGGGCCUGAAGCCGAUGGACCACAAUGGGCUGGCAGACCCCUACGUCAAGCUGCACCUGCUGCCGGGAGCCAGUAAGGCAAAUAAGCUCAGAACAAAAACUCUCCGUAACACUCUGAACCCCACGUGGAACGAGACCCUCACUUACUACGGGAUCACAGACGAAGACAUGAUCCGAAGGACCCUGCGUGCGCCUGAGACGCUGGCUGUGCCUCUCGCCACCGCCCCCACUAGGAUCUCUGUGUGUGAUGAGGACAAAUUCCGGCACAAUGAGUUCAUCGGGGAGACACGUGUGCCCCUGAAGAAGCUGAAACCCAACCACACCAAGACCUUCAGCAUCUGCCUGGAGAAGCAGCUGCCGGUGGACAAGACCGAAGACAAGUCCCUGGAGGAGCGGGGCCGCAUCCUCAUCUCCCUCAAGUACAGCUCGCAGAAGCAGGGCCUGCUGGUGGGUAUUGUGCGGUGCGCACACCUGGCCGCCAUGGACGCCAAUGGCUACUCGGACCCCUACGUGAAAACAUACCUGAGGCCAGAUGUGGACAAGAAAUCCAAACAUAAGACAGCGGUGAAGAAAAAAACCCUGAACCCGGAGUUUAAUGAGGAGUUCUGUUACGAGAUUAAGCAUGGGGACCUGGCUAAGAAGUCCCUGGAGGUCACCGUUUGGGAUUACGACAUUGGAAAAUCCAACGAUUUCAUUGGUGGCGUGGUUCUGGGCAUCAACGCCAAGGGGGAGCGCCUGAAGCACUGGUUUGACUGCCUGAAGAACAAGGACAAGCGCAUCGAGCGCUGGCACACACUCACCAGCGAGCUCCCGGGGGCCGUGCUCAGCGACUGACGCCCGCCCCCGACCGCUACCCCUGCCGCCGCCUGCGCCCAGCACAGCCGGCCCCGGGCUUCCCCAGCAGCCACCAAGGCCUGUGGCCCCCACAAAGGGGGAGAUCCAGAACCCCUGCUUGGACACAGAGCCACUGCAGUGCCCGCUCGGAGGACGUGGAGGGUUCAGCCACUCUGGGAUGGGGAGGGCAGGGAGCUGGGGGUGGCUCUCAGCCCUCUGGGGCCCAAGAGGCCGGUGGUGGAAGGAGACCUCAGCACCUGCCCAGGGGAAGGGGACAGGCCCGUCUGGGAGCAAAGACCCUUCUAGAGGCCAGCCCAGGCUGAGAGGACAAGAGUGUGGGGGCGCCCUGGGGGACAGUGCGAACAGAGGAGGGAGGUGGUGAGCAGACAGGUGGACGACGGGACCUUGAAGACUGGCUGCUCCGGCCCAAGAAAGGCUGACUGCAUCCCUCGUCUCCUUCGCUGCUGGGCAGACGGAAGAAGCGGGCCUGCCGGCCGAAAGUC